AUGAUUCAUACAACUGAAUCUAUGAAAUGCGAAUAGCACAAUCAAAAUAUUGAUUUUGUGCUUAUAGAUGACUAGUUUAUAGGAGAAGAAAAACUUUUAUGUUAAAUAUGUUUUAAGCAAAUUUCUGGUUUAAAAAAAGUUUAUAGGAUAUCUGAAGCUAUAAAUAUACUAUAAGAGAAGAAAGAUUCUGAAUUUAGCGAAUAAAAGACCAUUAUUUUAGAUUAAUUACAUAAAAUUAAUAAUCAUAUUGAUACUAUAGUAAACUUUUAAGGAAGUCUUUAACAAUUAAUUAAUAAUAUAUUAGAAGCAUUGUAAAACUGGAAAUAGGAAUUAGAAAAUAGAAUAUAUGAUAUUUCUCAGUAUAAUUUUUUACAAGAAUUAAAUAAGCUUGACAAUUAGGAUAAUACUUUUAUAAAUAAUUAAAAAAUAUUUGAAUUUAUUGAAAUAAAAAGAUUGUAAUAUUCAGAAAAAAUAAAGAAUAAUAUAUAAAAUUUAUAGGUAUUAGCAACAAGAAAUUAAGGAUUAUGUUAACUUUUAGAUAUCACUCAUAUAUAAAAAAUAAUAUCAAUAAAGUUAAAUCAAACAGUUUUUUAAUAAGAUAAAGUUUUAUCAUUAGCAUUUAAUUAUAAUGAUUCAAUGAUUGCUUCUUCUUGUAAUAAAGAAAUUAAAUUAUAGAAAUUUUAAGAUGGAAAAAUUGGUGAUGUCAUUGAUACUUUAAAUGAGCAUACAUAAAUUAUAUAUACAAUAAUAUUUAGUAAAAGCAAAAAUUGGUUAUUUUCAGCUGGAAAAGAUCAAUCUAUAAUUUUAUGGAAACCAGUUAGACUUUUGUUUAAUUUUACUAUUACAAAUAAACAAUAAUAUUAUAAUGCUCAUAAAGAUUCAAUAUUACAAUUAGUUUUAAAUUAAAAAGAAAACUAAUUAAUCUCUUGUAGUUCAGACUGUAAGAUUUCUAUUUGGACUGUAAAUUAUAAAUAAAAUUCUAUUUAAUAUUAAUAUUCAUUAGAAAGGCAUACUGGACCUGUGAUUUCUGUUUGUCUCAAUUAAAGCAAUAAUUUGUUAGUGUCAAGUGGUUUAGAUAAAUAAAUUAUUAUUUGGAGUUAAAAAAACGAUUAAGAAUGGAUAUUUAAAUAAGUAAUAGAUAAAUCAACAAAUGAUUUUGGUUUUAGAAUAAGCUUUAUCUCUGAUUAAUAAAUAGUUUGGUAAUCAUUUAAAAGGGGAUUAACACAUAUCUUUCAGGAGGAUAAUGGUAUUUUUAAAGAAAUAACUGAAUAAAGAUUAUAGCUUGCAAUGAAUGCUCAAAAUGAUGGAGAUUAUUCGUUUCCAUCAAUAUUUGAUACAAAAAAAUAAAUAUUAAUUUAAAAAUAUCAUUAGCAUAUAUAUUUUUUGAAUCUAAACUCAUAAAAUAAAUUAAAUGUUUAAUAAGAAUAAAUAGUCUUAAAUGAUGAAUAAAGUUAUGGAAAUUUAUCGAAUUGUGGUAAAUAUUUAGCUAUAUGGUGCAAUUAAAAAUUUAGUAUUUAUGAAAUAGACUAUGUUUGGUCAUUGAAACCACCUUAAUGA